AUGUCUUAUCGUCUCUUUAACAGAUCCUCCUCCUCUGAAUCUAAUGAUGAUGAUGAAAAGAGAAGACAACAAUUUCAAGAAGUAGACGCCAUGAUCAACAAUUAUAUGGUCACUGAAUUCACUAAUUUUGUGAUGCCAACCCCUGAAAGGCCACCCCGACGACGUCGUAGGGUGGUCGAAGAAAAUGGAGAUGUUGUUAUCAGGGUCCGAAGAGGGCAUGAAGAAGGUCAUCAACGCCUAUACAAUGACUACAUUACUGAACAUCCUAUGUACAACAGUCGAAUAUAUCGUCGUAGAUUUCGCAUGCAAAAGCACUUGUUUUUGCGAAUAAAGAAUGCUGUAGCGGAGAACGACAAGUGGUUUGAGCUACGAAGUGAUGCAAAGGGGGAACUAGGCUUGUCACCACUUCAGAAAUGUACGACAGCGUUGAGGAUGUUAGCCUACGGGAUGGCGGCUGGUCAAGUAGAUGAAUAUCUACGUAUGGGCGAAACCACUACAAGAACAUCCCUAAUAAGAUUCUCAGAAGGGGUUAUCAAAAUUUUCGGUGAGGAUUACCUAAGGAGACCGGCCGAAUCUGAUUUGCAGAGACUCCUUCAAAAUGGUGAGCGACGUGGGUUCCCUGGUAUGAUCGGAAGCAUUGACUGCAUGCAUUGGGAGUGGAAAAACUGUCCAGCAGCAUGGAAAGCGCAAUACCAAGGCCGAAGUGGUAAAGCAACCCUUGCACUUGAAGCCGUUGCGUCACAAGAUCUUUGGAUUUGGCACGCCUUCUUUGGCAUCCCUGGUUCGUGUAACGACCUAAAUAUUCUACAUCGUUCCGAUGUUUUUGAUGAUGUCAUGCAAGGUCGAGCGGCACCGGUUAAUUUCACGGUUAAUGGUCAUCAAUACAACAUGGGCUACUACCUCACUAAUGGCAUAUAUCCACAAUGGGCUGCUUUCAUUCAAGGUAUUACUCUUCCAACCGCGUAA